UGCGCAAACAGCAGCGACAGACGGAGCGCAACCAGCUCACCAAAGCCCUAAUACUGCAAUCCACUCACUUUAGCUACGGAAUAUACUCAACAGUGUGGGACUGUGAGCAGCGAUGGCCCAGGAGACCAACCAGAGCCCGGCACCCAUGCUCUGUGCCACCGGAUGCGGUUUCUAUGGCAACCCCAGGACCAAUGGCAUGUGCUCAGUCUGCUACAAGGAGCAUCUAGCAAGACAGAACAAUAGCCCCACGAGCAUUAUGGGUGUGAGCAGCAUGUCCAGCCCGCCCUCAGAGCUGAACACUGUCACUGCGGAUGUCCCAGAGGCCAACACAGCCAGUACAGAGGAGCCAACCAGCAGGGCGGCGCUCUUCCUCCCAGUCACACAGCAGAUGACAGAAAUGAGUAUUUCCAGAGAGGACAAUGUCCCGUCGAGCCAAUCAGAGCCCACACAACCAGUUGUUACUCAGCCCAGCGCCUGCGGCCUCCCUCCCAGUGUGGGUGAUGGUGAUGAGGCCAAGACUGCGGAAAUCCCCAAACCCAGGAAGAACAGGUGCUUUCAGUGCAGGAAGAAGGUGGGCCUGGCAGGGUUUGACUGCCGCUGUGGGAACCUGUUCUGCGGCCUCCAUCGUUACUCUGAUAAACACGGCUGUCCGUACGACUACCGGGCAGAAGCUGCUGCCAGGAUCAGGAAGGACAACCCUGUCGUCAUCGCAGACAAAAUCCAGAGAAUAUAACACUUUACCUGUGACCUUUAUCCUGGAGAUGAGGCUGUGAGAUGGCUGAAGGACCUGUGACCUAAAGGACUAGUUUUCUAUCCCAAUCGGAAGCCCUAGCUAAUUUAUAAAUGGGUACUUUUCUGUUUUUUUAUUUUUAUUUUUGUAGUGUUUUUUUUCUGGCUGCAGUGUGUGCUUAUUUAAAAAAAAGAACAAACAGAAUGUUUAAGUGCAAUCCAGAGCCUCGCCCUCCCUCCGACGGACCGGGAACGCUUUGCGUUUGUGUGAAACCACGCUGUUUUUGGAAUGUUGCGGACGCAGACAGGACUGUGAACACGGUUGCGUUUGGUUCAGAUUGUGCUGAUGUUGGUGGUGUUGUGCGAUUCUGCGGAGGUCUGUAGAGCUGUUGCUGGUACAGACUGAGGUCUGUGUGGAGGAGAUGCCGCAGAGGGAGCAGCAGCAGGCCGCACGCAGACCCCAGAUCAGUGUGCAGAUCAGCAGAGGGAGCAGCAGCAGGCCGCACGCAGACCCCAGAUCAGCGUGCCGAUCAGCAGAGGGAGCAGCAGCAGGCCGCACGCAGACCUCAGAUCAGCGUGCAGAUCAGCAGGCCAAACUGUGCUCUUCUGCUUUAUGUCUUCUUUACUUUAGUCUUCAGAGAGAGCUUUUAAAGAUGAGCUGACGGGUGACCUUGCAUUGCAGUGUUAAUCAUAUAGACCUGCAGGAUUCAGCACUGAUGAAGCCAGCGGCACCCAUGCAGGUCGACACUGAAAGGUUUUCUCAGAUUGUGCAGCUCUGGCUGUUCUGCGUUAUGAUUGUGUUAUGAUCUACAGUAGCAUGUGGAAGGACACUUACUGUAAAUAAUUGCUCCUGUUUUUCAUUGUAUUCCAGGCUGCUCAGAACUCUCUUCUGUAAGGAUGUGAACUGUGAAACUAUUCUCUCUGUUCAGGUUUUAAUUUGAACUAUUCAGAUAUGCAAAUUUUUACCAGCUGUGACCACAUUUAUGUUCUGCAUUUGUGUAC